UAAAGGGGGCGAUGAUGGAAGUCUCCUAGGUUACCAUUGUGGGUAUCAUCAGGAGCACGGACAAAUCCAUGACCAACAUCCAGUACAAGGUGGACGACAUGACUGGCGCUCCCAUGGAUGUGAAGCAGUGGGUCGACACAGAGGAUCCCGGUGUGGACAGCACUGUCCUGCCUCCAGGCACGUAUGUCAAAGUCUCUGGGAACCUGCGCUCCUUCCAGAAUCACAGAUCUGUCGUGGCCUUUGGCGUCAGGCCCCUGGAGGACAUGAAUGAGAUCACCUCUCAUAUGCUGGAGGUCGUUCAAGCGCACAUGAUGCUCGGCAACCCUCAGAGCCAGUUCAGUGCUGGAGGGGGCGCUAAGGUCGUGCCCACCUCACGACAGGACACAGGAAGCAAGGGAGUAGGCUAUGCUGGCGCCACCGACAUGGUUAACAACGGGUUGAGCGCAAACCAGAAUCAGGUGCUGAGUUUGAUAAGAGGCUGCCCCGAGCCGCAGGGCAUCAGCAUCCAGGACCUGAAGCAGAGACUGGGAGGAACGAGUCUGCUUGUCAUAAAGCAAGCAGUGGAAUUCCUAAGCAACGAAGGUCACAUCUUCUCCACCAUCGACGAAGAUCACUACAAAUCGACAGACAGCGAUGAUUAGAUCCAGUUGUUUGAGUUGAAUCUAAUAUGUCCUUCAGUAUCUGUUUGAUAAUAACUCAAAGCUUUCCCCUAAAACACAACCUCUCUGCCCGUGCCAAUGCUAAAACUGAGUGACUUCCCAUGAUCCGUGUGAGUCACGGCACUGUGGUCGGUGUUAGUUGAAGAACACAUGGUUUAUGUUGGUGAGGCUGUUGGUCGACACAUCCUGUAUCCUUAAGGUUGCUUCUGUAUUUUGCCAGUCCCAGAGGUGUUGCUUUUUGAGGAAGUUGUUGUUCUUGGUAGCAAAUGCUGUUUCUAUGUAUUUCACACCAUUUCUUUGUAAAGCAUUUUGUAAUUUUAAAAGAUUUUGAAAGCAAGUACUUUGUUUUUUUUGUCUGUUUAACUCACUUUUGCCAUAAUAAAAUAUUGUAUAAUUAA